UCCGGUUACGUCAGAGCGUCGGGACUCCAUUAGAGUUGCAGCUGUUUGUGGAGAAACAUCAACAAAAACGGGCUAACUGACAGUACGCUCGCUGCCCGACAACGAGGCCUUCAAGUCUGGAAGCGUAACCUUCAUUUCCCACCCGGAGCUCCGCCGGCUUCUAACCACGGCCGCUCUCGGUGAGGAAACACUGGCCUCCCCUUCCUCCUCCUCCGACUCGGACACCGGCGGAGCGUCGCCGCCCCCGCGGAAGAAGCACCGAGCCUCGGCGGCGGAGGGAGCAGGAGAGCCCGGGGCUUCAGCAGUUGUAACAGGCCUCUCUAGUGUUGUCCUGGGACUUGCCGCACACUCUCAAACCACCUCGACUAUCCACUUUAACCGAAGUCUUGUGAACAACCUCAGCAGCAGCAUGCAGUCGAACGGGGCAGGACAGGGACAAGAAUCAUCGGAGCUUUCCUGCCUAAACAGCGCACAAAACGGGGAGUCUUCCUCGGCCGGUGGCGGCGGAGGAGCCCACGCCAAUGGGCUCUUGUCCAACACAGACAACAGUAACGGCGUCGGUACCAGUAACGGCUCUUCAGUCGGGCCCUGUUCGGGGACUUCGAGCUCGGAGGUCGGCUCGCUGAAGAAGAAGAAACGACUAUCGCAGGCGGAGGAAGAUGUCAUACGAUUAAUAGGGCAACAUCUCCACGGACUGGGGCUAAAUCAGACAGUGGACCUGCUGAUGCAGGAGUCAGGCUGCAGACUGGAGCACCCCUCGGCUUCCAAGUUCCGCAACCAUGUCAUGGAGGGGGAGUGGGACAAGGCUGAGAACGAUCUGAAUGAACUCCGAACACUGAUGCAUUCUCCAAAUGCUAUUGUGCGUAUGAAGUUCUUACUGCUGCAACAGAAGUACUUGGAGUAUCUGGAGGACGGCAAAGUGCUGGAGGCUUUGCAGGUUCUCAGAGGAGAGCUGACGCCACUCAAAUACAACACAGAUCGCAUCCACGUACUCAGCGGGUACCUGAUGUGUAGUCAUGCCGAGGAUCUUAGGGCCAAGGCAGAGUGGGAGGGCAAGGGCACAGCUUCACGCUCCCGGCUGCUGGAUAAAUUACAGACCUACCUGCCGCCCUCUGUGAUGCUGCCUCCGCGGCGACUACACACACUGCUGCGACAAGCCUUGGAGCUGCAGAGGGAUCGUUGUCUUUAUCAUAACACCAAGCUGGAUAAUAACCUGGACUCAGUCUCACUUCUGCUCGAUCAUGUUUGCAGCAGGAAGCAGUUCCCCUGUUACACCCAGCAGAUUCUGACAGAACAUUGUAAUGAAGUGUGGUUCUGCAAAUUCUCAAACGACGGCACCAAACUAGCUACUGGCUCCAAAGACACCACUGUUAUAAUCUGGCAAGUGGAUCCGGAGAGCCAUCAACUGAAGCUGCUUCGAACUCUGGAGGGUCACGCAUACGGAGUCUCUUACUUGGCCUGGAGCCCUGAUGACACCUACCUGAUCGCCUGUGGACCCGACGAUUGCUCCGAGCUCUGGCUUUGGAAUGUUCAGACGGGGGAGCUGCGGACCAAGAUGUCCCAGUCCCAUGAAGACAGUCUUACAAGUGUGGCCUGGAAUCCUGAUGGCAAACGUUUUGUCACUGGAGGACAAAGGGGGCAGUUUUAUCAGUGUGACCUGGAUGGUAACUUGUUAGAUUCCUGGGAGGGUGUGAGAGUGCAGUGCCUGUGGUGCCUGGGCGAUGGCAGGACAGUGCUGGCCUCGGACACCCACCAGCGUAUCCGGGGCUACAACUUUGAGGACCUCACGGACAGAAACAUAGUUCAGGAGGACCACCCAAUCAUGUCUUUUACCGUUUCAAAGAACGGGAGAUUAGCUUUGUUAAAUGUAGCAACUCAGGGAGUGCACCUGUGGGAUCUUCAAGAUCGGGUGCUGGUGAGGAAGUACCAAGGUGUGACCCAGGGCUUCUACACCAUCCACUCCUGCUUUGGAGGGCACAAUGAAGACUUCAUCGCCAGUGGCAGCGAAGACCACAAAGUGUACAUAUGGCACAGACGUGGCGAACUUCCUAUCGCUGAGCUCACAGGCCAUACACGCACCGUUAACUGUGUGAGCUGGAACCCGGCCAUCCCGGGCCUCAUGGCUUCUGCCUCAGACGACGGCACUGUGCGCAUCUGGGGUCCGGCUCCAUUUCUUGACCCGCAGGAGGCAGAUGGACUCAACGAAAAUUGCAGUAACAUGGACAGUUGAUGGUCACUUUCUGAGCAGAUGGCAUCUCUCUUUGACAACAAUCUGAGAAUCCCACAGUACAACAAAAUAUAAACAGGCAACCAAAUCAAACGUCACCAGAAAGCAAGUGAAGUAUAACCAACAAAGUGUCACCAAAACAACAAGAAAUCAAAAGUGAGAAGAGUCGCUCUCCUGACUGGCCGAUAUGUGUGGCGGACACAUGAUGAAGGAUCUCCUUGGAAAUUAAUGUCCCCAUCCAAAAAUCUGAUUCCAGCCUAGAGGCCUGGAAAACCAGUCUGUGUCCAGCAGGGUCCUGCUCUGGUGAGCUGUUAUCAGCCGUUCUACAUGCUUCUAACUGACCUUUCCUCCUCCAUUUCACGGCGCCAUUGUCAGACAUGUUGGAUCUUCACGAGUAUCCGUGGAGUCCCACCUCCACCUUGAGUUUGGAGCACAUGAAGUUUCUGUGAUGCCUCCAGACAGACAGAGCAGCCGUCUCCUCGUUGGACUACAAAAGUCUGCCUGCUUGUCUGUGACGUCACCUGUCUGAUGUCUUCGUGGACCUGGGUGGGGAGUUGUGAGGGGAGGAUGGUGCAUAGGGGGAUAUAGAAACUCUCUUGUGUGUAUGUUUUCCUUUCCCCCUCAUACAUGCCAUGUUCUUUUUAAAUUCAACUAUUUGGACAAAAGCUGAAAAAUAAAACAUUGACCAACCAGCUGACAACGAACAUAACUAGGCUAUGCUAACUUUUGGAAGUAUUUUUUAUGAUAGUCUUGGAGUUUAUUCUCACUGAAGAGGUGAAUCUUAGCUCAUGCAGUGCACACGGAAAACUUCAUCAAGAAGAUUCUACUUUGCUUUUCAACAUUAGGAACAACGAAAAGAAAACAAACUUUUUUUAAUUCCUUAAUUUAACUUCUACUAAGGAGAGUCGCUGUAAUAUUUCAAACCGAAAACACCCCAGCAACCGAGCUAGCUGUCGCACAACUUCAUACAUCUGACUAAGAGGAGGACAGAGAU